AUUUAGAUAAAGCGCUCAUUUUCUACAUUAAGAAGGUAAUAAUUUGUAUAUGUAUAAAUUAUUGCAUAAAUAUUUUACUUAUAAGCUACAUUAUUUUUAAUAUUUUUUAUUGAUUGUUGUUUGCUAUUAUUGAAGAUUAAAAAUUUGGUUACCUACGUUCUAAGAACGGGCAAGACGGCUAUGCGGUUUGGCUAUAUUAUACAUAUUCGUCGUGAAAUAGAUAUUUCAGUUGAUGAUAGAAUAUUAACCACGGCUUCUAUGAAAAACGAAAAACUGACUCAUUAUUAUAUUUUUUAACUAUAUUUUGUAACCUAACCUAAGCUAACGAUGUAUAUGUUUUAUUAUAAUUUUAAGUUUUUGAAGUCUCAUUCGAAAAAGGUUAAUCGCUUCCCAAAAUAGGCAUCUACCUACAUAAAUUACGUGCCUGACCUAUAAUAUAAUAUACAGAUUAUAUCGUUUGCAAAUUUGUUGUUAUAGUUCCUCUCAAAAUAUAUUAGGUUAAUCGACCGCAACAGUUUAGAUUAUAAUCGUAUAACAAGCGGGCGCUUAAUUUAAGGGGGGCGAUAGGAGCGAUAGUGUCCCCUCCCCAAAGACCUUAUCGUCGUAACUAAUACACACCUACAUUAUACAGUUAGUACAAUACGUAGUUGCACAUUUUUUAAGCUACAAUACCAUUCUGAAGAAAGUUUAUCACUCCCUCCAAAAAAAAAGAAAUCAAAUUACGUACUUGAUAACGAGGAAUAUAUUGGUAUUUAUGAUAUGUGAUUUUAGAUUCUGAACCUAGUGAAUAAUGUAUUGGUUUUAUUAUAAUAUGUACGAUUUUUCUAUAAUCUGUCGAGUUUCGGAAAAUUACUUUUUAACCAGAAAUCUUGCUCUAUACAAUCAAAAAAUCUAGACGGUGGAAAAGUAUUUUUUUGAAUUUUCUCGUAGGCUUCUUAAUAAUUUGAAAAACUAACGUUUCAUUAUUUUCGAUUGUUUUAUUGUUGUAGGUAAUUCGGUUAAAAAAUAAUCUUAAAAAAAAGAUCUGAUAUUGGGGAUGGGAGAGACCAUUGUUCGUGAGAAGUUGGAAAGAUAGGAUACAUAAGGUUAUUUUAUUUAUAUCUAUAAGCUACAAUAAACCAUUAAUUGACGAAAGACUAUUCUGACCGCAGUUCAGUAAUACAUAAUUUAAAGUGCCAUCAUUUUUUAUGCGAUUUUCGUUUAAAUUUGAUUUCAAAACGCUUACUAAAAAAAAAAAGUGGUUUGAUUUUUGAAAUUUUACCACGUCCAGGUAAGUCCAAUCUAAGUACUAUUACCAAGUUUCAAGUCCCUACGUGUAUUUAUAACUGAAUUACAGCAAAAAACUCCCAAAAAUUAAAAUUCCUUAAAAGUUCAAAAGUGGCUCAAAAGUUUUGGCGGUGAUACCGUAAGAAAGUAAAUCAACAAGACGACAAAAAAGGUAUCUUGUGAUUUUUCGAUUGAAUAAUUUUUCCUGGCAGAAAACGUCGUCCUUAUUUUUAUAAAAUAAUGAAAUCGUAAAAUUGUACGUUUUCCUACGUUUUUUCCCGAUGAAGUGCUCUUAUUAAAAAAUGGCGUCGAAAAUCAAAAAAUGACCUCUUAAAAGUAUCAUCUAAACAAAUUGAGCUUUCAUAAAAGUUGCUACACGUAAAAAUCGGAGCAAGUUUACUGGAAAAAAACGUGUCCACAAAUUAGAAACAAAAAUAAACAUCUCAGUAAAAUCUAUAGCUCAACUCGCUACGCUCGGAAUCUAAAAUCUGAAAUUGUCGAGCAUAUCUAUUCAUAUUCGCCUUUUGUAGACGUCGUAUAACGCAAUUUGAUUAGAGUAUAUAUAUAUAUUUUUUUAAUUACCUAUACCUACUAAUAUAUUCUAUUGCGAAUACAAUCAUUCUGUGUAUAAUUUAUUCGUGAGUACCUAUCUUUAAUAUUAUUAUGAUAAUUAUUUAUUUGUCAUUAUUAAAUUAUCAACUAUAUUUAUACCUCCUCGUGUAUGCAAUAACGUUUAACUUGCAGUUUUGGAUUGUUUUUUUUUUUUUUUAUUUUGCAAUUUACACGCAUGAUGGAAAUAGGAAUAAUAACGUUUCAUGGGUACUUAGUACCUACCUAUUACAAUUAUUAUUAUAAUUUUUUUUUUAUUUUCAUCGUUCAUUAACAGCGAAUCUUGCAUUCCUUGCAUGGAUAUUAUUUUCUUACUAGUCACUAUUGACUACUCACCAGUGCAAUGCAAUGACAAAGACCGUCGUUCAAUGUACCUACCAGAGUAUACCGCAAUAGGUACUUAAGCAUACCGCAUUAUCGCGGUUCAUGGCGUUUUAAAAAAUAAUUGCCGGCCAACCGAGCUCAUGGGUUUCUAGAUCUCGGUGGAGGGGGGAUCCACUCGGCGACCGUUGUGGCGCCACAACGUUUUAUCACUUUCGUUUUUUUUUUUAUUCUUUUUUGUAUUAUCAAAAGUUAGAAGAUAACUUGGAAUUUGGAACUUCAACUUUUUUGCUUGUAAUUCCAACAUGUAGAAAUCCAGUACAUAUUUGUUUAACUAAUUAUCAUAUUAUUAUAUGAUAAUAUAGGUAACUAAUAAUUACUAUUGAUUUUGAUUAAUACCUAAAUGUUCUUAAAUGCGAGUACCUAAUUAAUAAUUUCUCAUUGUGAUAAACAGAUGUCAGAUAAUAGUAUUAAUAAUAAAUAAUUAUAAUAAUAUAGUAACGAAGUCCGUAAAGUCAAUUUUAGUUGGUUAAGUAAUUCUUUGGUGUCAAUUUCAAAUAAGUUUGUAUGUAAACAAUUUGAAAACCAGUAAGUAGAGAAGUAAUAAAAUAUAACUUGAUAACCUAUUUCUCGGUGUUGUGUAAGGUGUAAACCUUACAUAUAGACACCAUCAAAAUAAUUUUGAUUAAAGUGAAUAUUUUUCUAAUAAUUUAAGUAGGUGGAUAGUAAGGAGACAUGAUACUUAUACUUAAUGAUCUAUGAUAUUGAAUAUUGGUACCUAACUAUAUACUAUGAUAAAUUAAUAGUUAUUAGAACUCUUUAAUUUGAAAGUCGUUGAGAAAUUAAAUACAUUUAUUACCAACUAGGUAGGUAGUUUUAAGUUUGUUGUAAAUAGGUAGUAUUAUAUUAAUUAAAUAAUUAGGUUUAAUAUUUUAUUUAAAAUGUUACUCAAGGGGCUAAUAUUUUAUUGUCCAUAGUUAUUUUGAUAAUUAUUUAACAUUAUCACCUACAGUGUCUUUAUAGUAGAUAGCUUUCAAGUGUGCUGUUGUUAAUAUGUUUAUAAAUGGAAUAUUCAUGUUUGAUUAUUGUAUAAUAUUUAUGAUGAAUUAACAAAAUAUGUGAAAUAAUUGUACUAGGAUAGGUGCCAAUAGUUUUUUUGCAUACAUUAUUGACUGUAUUAAUGUUAAGUAAUAAUACUAUAGGUAGUGAUAUUGGUUUUCUAUUAUUUUGUUAAUGAUGUACUAUAUGCAUAGGUACAUGAUAUGUAUUAAUUAUUAUAUGCCAUUAUAGUAUUUAUAAGUACUAAUAUGUAACUUUAUAAUAGGGAAACUUGUAUGUACAUAUUCGUUAUUCAGAGUUAAAAUUAAUGUUAAUAAAACCACUGUCAUCUUUUGCCAAUUUAAUAUCGAAGAAAUCAAUUUUAUUGACUUUGAACUAUAAUAAAAAGAAAAUGAGUACAUUGGAAAAUGUUAUUGAUGGUUUGAACAAUGUUAAAUGUAGAAUUGAAUUAGCAAUUUUAAAACGAGAUCAGGUACCUAUAUUAUUCACAUAACUUAUUUAACCUAAAACUGUAUUUUAUUUUGGUAAAAUUAUUAAAUUAAGUACAUGAUUAUUUUUAGAACAAUUUAAAACAACCAAGGCUUGUUGCAGUUAGUAAAACAAAACCUAUAGAACAUAUAAUUGGUAUUUACCAACAAGGACAAACACAUUUUGGUGAAAAUUAUAUCCAAGAAUUGCUUACUAAAUCAUUUGAUGAUCAAGUAUUCACAAUUUAUUAUCCUAACCAUAUAUAUCUGUACAAUACAAUUAUUUCAAAUUUUUAACUGUUAUUAAAGAUAUUAGAAAAAUGUCCUGAUAUAAAAUGGCAUUUCAUUGGCCACUUACAACGAAAUAAAGUUUCAAAAGUUUUAUCUGUUCCUGGUUUAUACAUUAUUGAAACAAUUGAUAGUGAAAAACUAGCAAAUGCUGUUAAUGAUGGUUGGAAAAAACUUAAUAAGGAUAGUAAAUUGAAAAUAAUGAUUCAAGUUAACACUAGUAAUGAAGAGGGUUAGUAAAGAUUCAUAAUAAAUAUAAAUUGUAAUACAAUAUUUCUUUAAAUUACUAGUUAAGAAAUAUUUAUAGUAUAUACACAUAAAUAAAUAUGUUUAUGUGAUAAUUAUUUCAUAGGAAUAUUUUGAAUCCACAAUAUGUAUUCAAUUUAUUAUUAUAAAUUUAAAAUUCAGCUACUACUCCAUUACUUAUAUAGUUACUAAUAGUUUUAAGUAGUGGUACAAAAAUCGUUAAAUUUUAAAAUGACCUAAUAUAAUGUAUUUUUAAACUAACACUUCACCCGCCUCUUCUGUCUUAGUUCAAAUAAUGGGCAACAGAGCAAAAUUAUAUACAUUUAGAACAUUAAUUGUGGCAUUUAGGUUGAAAUUAAAGUUUACAAAUAUACUAACAUUUAAAGAGGAGAAUAUUGUUCAUGAUUGUAUGUAGCUCAUUUUUCAAUUCAAAAGCUACAGCUAUUUAAAUAAAUCAAAAAGUUACAGCAAUGUAACUUUUUUGUACAAUUAUUUAUAAAACAGCUGUAUUGCCAUGAACAAUUUUCUUCUAUUUAAUUUAUUUUAAUUUUGAUUAAACUUUAAUUUCAACCUAAAUACCACAAUUUAUGUUCUAAGUAAUGAACUAUUUUAUUCUGUUGCUUGUUAAUUAGACUGAGCCAGUUAAUGUGAGUGUGGUAUCCUCUUAAGUAUAUUAUAAACCAUGUGUAUAAUUUAUAAUUACUGUUUAAUAUUUUAUAGAAAAAAAUGGUAUAUCAUCUGAUAAAGUUGUUGAUUUAUAUAAAUAUGUUAUUGACAAUUGUCAAUAUCUAGAACCUAUUGGUCUAAUGACUAUUGGUCAGUAUGGUUAUGAUUGUUCUAAUGGCCCAAAUCCAGAUUUUUUGGUAAUUAUUAAUAUUUGUUUAUGUAUUCAUAUCAUUAAAAUGAAAAAUGAUACCCAUGUAUGUAUUACCUUUUCAGGCUUUAAUAGAUUGCAAAAAGAAUGUAUGUGAAAACUUAAAAUUAAGCCUAUCUGAAUUUGAAAUGUCUAUGGGUAUGUCUGAUGAUUUUGAACAUGCUGUGAGUAUCUACUUUGUUAUUAUUAACUUUUGAACUAUUUUAUAUUUUAUUUUAGUAUUUAUAAUAUUAUGUAUACCUAAUGUAUAUUAUUAAAUUGAUUACAGAUUGAAUUAGGAAGUACAAAUGUUCGAGUAGGAAGUAGUAUCUUUGGUUUUCGUCCAAGAAAAGAAAAACAAUGAUUUAUUAUUAAAUAUGUAUCUUAUUUAAA